UAGAAUCCAUCACUUAUCUCUCUCUCAAAUCUCUCUUUUAAAAUUCAAAAAGUUCCUGAAAGAACUUCAAAUCAUAUUGAGAUCUUAGAAAUCCAGGAGAAAUAAAUACAUUCAGCGAGCGAAUUGAUUGAUUCUUCAAAUCAAUUCGCUCGAAUUCUGGUUUGUUUCAGAUACUAAUUUAUUUCUUGUUUGUUCAAAUUAUAUCGAUCACGCAUGCCUGAAUUAAUCGAGAUCUCAUCAGAAAAUUCAUUAUUCGGCAAAUAUGAGCUCGGAAAAUUGCUUGGCUGUGGAGCAUUCGCUAAAGUUUAUCACGCAAGGAAUAUCAAAACAGGGCAAAGCGUAGCAAUAAAAUGCAUAAGAAAACAGAAAAUCCUCAAAGGAGGAUUAAUGGUGCACGUCAAGAGAGAAAUCACUAUUAUGCGUCGUCUCCACCAUAAGAAUAUUGUGAAGCUGUAUGAAGUUUUGGCCACAAAAACAAAGAUUUAUUUCGUUAUGGAAUUUAUUAAAGGUGGUGAAUUGUUUGCUAAAGUAGCUAAAGGUAAAUUUAGUGAAGAUUUAAGUCGUAAAUAUUUCCAGCAAUUAAUAUCAGCUGUUGGAUAUUGUCAUUCUCAUGGUAUUUUUCAUCGAGAUUUGAAACCUGAAAAUCUAUUGUUAGAUGACAAUGGUGAUUUGAAAGUUUCUGAUUUCGGUUUAAGUGCUAUUAAAGAUGAUCAGGUUUGGACUGAUGGAUUGUUACAUACUCUCUGUGGUACUCCUGCUUAUGUUGCUCCUGAAAUUCUUGCGAAACGAGGUUACGAUGGGUCGAAGAUUGAUAUCUGGAGCUGUGGUAUUAUUCUUUAUGUUCUUACUGCUGGUUAUCUUCCUUUUAAUGAUACUAAUUUAAUGGUUAUGUAUAAGAAGAUUUACAAAGGUGAUUUCCGUUGUCCAAAAUGGAUGUCUCAAGAUUUGAAGAAAUUUUUAUCUCGUCUAUUGGAUUCAAAUCCUGAGACUAGGAUCACCAUUGAUGAAAUCAUUAAUGAUCCUUGGUUCAGAAAAGGUUACAAGAAGGAAGAAGAACAUCAUCAAUUCAAUGAAACGGAGUUUUUCGGCUCGAAUAAAACCGAGAAAGUAGAAGAGGAAGACAAAGAUAACGUUUUCUUGAAUGCGUUUGAUCUCAUAUCGUUUUCUUCGGGGUGUGAUUUAUCGGGCUUGUUCGUUCAGAAUAAUAAGAAUGAAUCGGUUGGUGAACGGUUUGUAUCGUCUGAGUCACCAGAAAACAUCGUUAUGAAAAUUGAAGAAAUUGCGAAGAGAGAAAAUAUUGAAGUGAUUAAGAGAAAAGAUAAGAGAAGUAUGGUUUUAUUUGGGCAGAAUGGGAAUUUAAUUGGUUGUGUUGAUGUUUACCGGUUAACUGAGUUAUUGGCCAUGGUAGAAGUACAAUCUUAUGAAGGAGGAAUUUGGAAACAGAAAUUUAGUCCGGAGAUAAGUAGCUUCGUUUAUCACCCAUAAAUACCAGUUUUCAUUUUAUCAAUUAAAUUAUUAUAGUAUAUAGAGAGCCGAUUCUUGACGAAAUUUUGUGUAGAGAAUCUAAGUGCCCUGGCCGGAAAUAUGACUUCCGGCAUGUAUAAUACACAUAUUUUAUAAUUAUAAAAAUAAAAUUUCAUGAUGAUUGAAAGUG